GAGGAGGUUCCGGGUGGACUGUCUCCCAUAUUCCCCCCCCCCCUCCGUAGCAAGGGGCGGGCCCCGCGCCAGGACGCGCGUGGAGCGGGCCCCACGUGGCGUGGCCAGCGCGGCCCAGCAGGCAGCGUGGGCAGCUGGUGCCCAGAGGCCCGAGCGUCUCUGCGCUCUGGCGCGUUUGGCAGGUGAAGUCAUCGCUCGUGGUUUCUCAGGGGCCACAGCCUGCGCCUCUGGCUGGCUACUGCACAGUGGGAAAUGACCACACCUAACAAGACACCACCGGGUGCUGAUCCCAAGCAGUUGGAAAGGACUGGUACUGUUCGGGAAAUAGGCUCCCAAGCUGUUUGGUCCCUUUCAUCCUGUAAGCCAGGCUUCGGAGUGGACCAGUUACGAGAUGAUAAUCUAGAAACUUACUGGCAAUCUGAUGGGUCACAACCUCAUUUGGUGAACAUCCAGUUUAGAAGAAAAACAACGGUGAAGACAUUGUGUAUUUAUGCAGACUACAAAUCUGAUGAAAGCUACACCCCAAGCAAGAUCUCUGUCAGAGUAGGAAAUAACUUCCACAACCUUCAGGAAAUCCGGCAACUUGAAUUAGUGGAACCGAGUGGUUGGAUUCAUGUUCCUUUAACUGAUUCUCAUAAGAAGCCUAUUCGAACAUUUAUGAUUCAGAUUGCUGUUUUAGCCAAUCAUCAGAAUGGAAGAGACACUCACAUGAGACAAAUUAAAGUGUACACCCCAGUGGAAGAAAGCUCUAUUGGUAAAUUUCCUAGAUGUACAACAAUUGAUUUCAUGAUGUAUCGCUCUAUAAGAUGAAUCCUCUUAUGAAGAAACAAUUAAAGUGAUUUUGUCAUCAGUUUUGUUUCAAAUAUCUUUUCCGGUUAAAUUGACAGGUCUUAUUCUUGUGGAAUUCUCUCUAUAUAUACUUUAACUUUUUUGUGUGUAACUUAAAUCUGUUUUGAGUUGCACUGUUUUUUGAUUUCUAAUCUGCUUUCGAUGGUCACAUUUUCUGUUAAUUGUAUUUACAAAGGCUGUAGAAGAUUUUUAGAUUUUCAGAAGGUGUAUUAAAGAACUUUCUCCUUUGCUUUGCUAUGAAAUGGAUAACUGUGGUGCAUGUAACGUGUAUAUUAUUUUUUUCCAGGUGGUUUCUCCAUUUGUUGAUAAUGCAUUAGAAUACUUCAUUGUAUGACUUCAUAUUUUGGUUGGGUCAGUCCAAAAAAGCUGUAUUAUAAUUAGGUGUAUUUUUAAUGGAUUAUUACUACUGUAUUUUUCUCUGGGUACAGGAUGUACAUUCUUUUAAGAGGGUUCUUUGUGUCUUUGAAAGGACUCCACUGUGGUAUUGUGCAUGUCUUGUUUCUGGUGAGAAAUGUAUUUAACUGGGUUUUUAUUCUAAUAGGUCUCGAUGUAGGUUUCAUUUUUCUGUAUAACUGAAAAAGAAUUGAUAAUCUAGAAGGAAAGUGAAUAUUUCUAACUCUAUUUUAUAUUGUCCUGUCAUUACAGAUAUAAUGUAACCAUUACAUCAUUCUAAUGUAACAAUAGACAUGCCAGGAAUGCACAGGCAACAUUCCUUAGCAUUGCUUCCUGGCACCCUUUGAAGUCGCAUGGAUCACAUAAAUAGUAGGAAUUCAAAUAAAAAUCUGUAUAAGUCUGA